AUGGUGCCCACGCCCCAGGUGUGCGUAUCAACCCUGGUGACGGUGAGCACGAUGGCAGUGGUGGACCUCUACUUGCUGGAGCAGAGCAUGCUGGGAGCUCGCGGUCUUUCAGGACCUAGUGUGUGGCAAUGUGCGGCGGUGUUGCUAGGUGAUGUGGGCUUCCUGCUCGCACUGCGCUUCGUCUCGGCUGGCGUAGUGUCAGAGGCGCGGUCGCCCCGUCGCGGCUUUGCCAACGCCCUCUGGUUCCUGUUCCUGUCCCUGCUCCAGCUCAAGCUCUUCUUCGUCUGCCACAACUACAGACAGGAGCGCCGGCCACCCGACCCGCUGGCCAGAAAGACGCUGACGCUGCUGCUGUCCAUCUGCCUGCCCUCCCUGUUCCUCAUCCUGACGGGAGCUGACCACAUGACUCCGCAGCGCAGGAAGCAGGAAGUCCGAGGCCGGCUCCUGUGGGUGGUGGUUGACCUGCUGGACGUCCUGGACCUGCAGGCGGGGCUGUGGGAAGCCCAAGGAGGGUCCACGGUGGGCACUGCAGGAGGCACUGAGCAGAGGCUGCCCAUUUGGGCAGAGGGUUUGGUUUUCUUCUACUGCUACGCCCUCCUGCUGCUGCUUCCCUGCGUGGCCCUCACAGAGCUGGGGGCCACCGGCCUGCCGGGACAGAGAGGGCCCCGUAAGGAGGCGUUGUACCCUUGGCUCAGCUUGGUCACUAUCAAUAUCUUUACCCUGGCCCUACGGGGAACAGGCAUGCUGUGGUAUAGGGACCCCCGUGUGUCCACCGUGUUUCUGGGGAAGAACCUGCUGGCUCUGGCUGUGAAGCUGAGUUCAGCCUGGGAGAGACACAAGCAGGAGCGUGGUGCUGCAGGAGCUGAGACUGUGGCUGGAGCAGAACCAGGAGACUCUACUUUGCCAAGCCAGAGUUCAGAGCAGGGAGAGGGCCAGGCCCAGGGGAAAGCUCCCCCCUCUCAUUAUCACACACUGUCUCGUUCCCAAAGUCACACUCUUUCCCAUGUCAGCCUGGAGCCCACAGCGGCGCCCUUAGGACCCUCUUUCAUCUCCCACGAACUCUAG